AUGAAGACCUCUUGGUUACUAUCCCUCGUUGAGCUGGCGCUUCUUGCGCGAAAAGCGAGAUGCACGAAUACCCCAUUGCUUCCCUACGACCCAGCGACAACCUCUGACUGCGCCGACUGGUUCAACAACGAGGACGACAAGACUUGCGAAUGGGUACGCGAUUACUUCAGGGCCACCCCGCAAGAGUUCAGUCGUUGGAACCCCUCCGUCGGCCUCGACUGCAAGCCUUGGUACAACUGGAACUCAUACUGCGUCAUUACAUGGACCAAAUUCAACGAGACCCAGACGACGACCUCAAGCACCACUACCACCAGCUCGCCCACCUCCACCGCACCCACCCUCGGUCCUUCGCCAACGGUCUGGACAGACAUGGGAUGUUAUGUCGAGGACCCAAAGAUGCCCCUCCUCGACAUGAACUUCAGCCCCAACGGCGACCCCGCCCUAAGCGUCCCCAAGUGCUGGCAGACAUGCUAUCGCCGUUUCUACGAGUACGCCGGCCUCCAGAACGGCAACCAGUGCUGGUGUGGCUCCUACGUCGGUGGCGAGUGGGCAACGAAUCAGACAGACUGCAAUUCGCCCUGCACCGGCAACCGCAGCACCUUCUGCGGCGGCCCGGCGCUCAUUCAGAUCUACAAGGCGGAGGAGAACGCGCCUUCCGUCACUGCUACCGCCGGUGCCGGUAAAGCCACCACUCCCGCUUCCGACCCGAAGCGUGACUCCGGGGCGGUUAUGAACCCGGGUAUGUUUUAG